AUGAUUUAUCCAAAAAAUAAACUAUAAUCAGCAGGGUAAUCGACAUUGUCUCGCAAAAAUUACACUUCAGAAUAAAGAGAAGAAAUCAAAAGACAAAUUGCUGAUAGAUUAUCUAAGAAGUAUGGUUUAGAUUUAACAGAAUAAAUACAUGCAAAAGUAAAUAGCUAUCUUAAUCAAAAUUAAACUAUAACUGCCGAAGGGUAUUUAAGUUUAUUAUAAAUAUAGGAUAUAAAAUUUAGAAUAAGAAAUCAGUCGUUAAAAGGCUUUACCUUAAUUACAAUAAUAAUAAUCUUCAAAUCAAGUCAAGUAAAAAGAUGAAGAUGAUUAAAAAUCAGUUGUUUCAAAAAUGUCAGGAGCAUCAAAUUUUGAUAUGGUAGAUUAAUAUACUCAUAAAACUGAAAAAAAUACAGAAGAAAAGAAGAGUUAGAAAAUGACUGGAUUACAUACAAAGAAAAUUGAGAAUGACUUGGCAUUUUUGAAUGAAGAAAAUUAAUGGGGUGCCAUAUACAAAUACAAUAAAUAUCUUUAUGAUAAGGAAGGUGAAAUAAAAAAGUAAAGGGAAAUAGAAAGAAAGAAAAAGAUUAAAGAAGAAUUGGAUAAAUAAGUUAUUGAAAAAUAAUCAAAAAAAGUAUUGAGCAAAAAAGAAGAAAAUGCAUUCUAUGAAAAUCAGAUGUAUUAAUGUACAUUAUUUGAUUAAAAAGAAUAAGAGAAAAUAGAAAGAGUAAGUAUAUCCUAUAUAUAAUUAGGCUAAAUAUAUUAAAAUGGUAGAGAAAUAAGCAAGAGAUUAAUAAGUAAAAGAAAUCAAAAAAAAUAGAAGAAUGGAUGAGAAAUAAGAAAAGGCUUUAGACAGUUAUAUGAUAUAGAAAGUAAGAGAAGAAUUAGAAGAUGAAUAAAAAUUUUUAUAAUUUAAAAAGGAACAUCAAUAUUAGGUUAUGUAAAAAUUAAUGUCUGAAAAUGAAGAGAAGAAAAGACUUCAAGAGAAAGAAAAAGAAGAUGAAAGAUAAGAGAACAUUAAAUUAAUGGAUGCCUAUUGCAAAUUAUUAGAUAAAUAGGAAGAAGAAAGAUAGAAAGCAAUAAAAGAAAGGGAUGAAAAAAUUAAAUAAUAUUAAGAAAAAGCUAUGGAAAUGUAAGAAAAGGAAUUAGAAAGUAUAAUAGAUAUUUUUAUAAAUAGAAAAAAUUGGACAAUUAGAAAAAAGGGCUGAUAAGUAUGAAUAAAGAAAAGAGAGAAGAAUUCAAGAAUUAGAAAAGGAAGCAGAAAGAAAGAAAUGGGAAACUAAAUUAAAAACAAGAGAAUAUUUGAAUAAAUAAAUGGAAGAAAGAGAAAUUUAAAAAUAAAGAGAAAAAUUAAAGGAUUAAGAAUAAGUAUUUAAAUUAUAAAAUAUUAGGCUACAUUAUGGAAAGAAGAUACUACUAAUUAUUUUUAAUUUGAAAAAGAAAGAGAUAUUGAGAAAAAGAAAAUCUAUAAGGAAUAUUAGGAUACAUUACUAGAAUAAAUGAAAGAAAAAUCUUAAGCAAAAAAAGGAAUUAUUGAUGAAAUGCUUAGACAUGAAUAAAUGUUAAGUAAAAACACGUUAUCAGAAUUAGAUUAAAUGAGACAAACAGUUCAAUGA